AUGGAACCAGACUCUGACCAGGUACAGAUCCAGAUUCAUGAGCUUGCCUUGCCUCUUAUUUUAAAGCCAUGGUCAACCGCGAUUACUAUCGAGAUGUUCAAGGAGGAUUAUGACGCAGAAGAGAAAGGCGACUUGUUGUGGGCGGUCAGGUUGGAUGGUGACGAGGAGGCUCUGGCUACUAAAUCAAUCAUGUACCUGGUGGAAAAAACCUGGGAUCCUGGACCUAUGCUGGAGCGUGUCACCCAGCCAGCAGCCUACAGAGACGCGGUCCUCGAUAUUUCACAAGAUCCUCAUAUCAAGAAAUCCUACAAUGCACGUAUCAUGGACGUCACAAAGGCUCUCGCGGGAAAGGGCCUUGUCAAGUUGGAGGAGCCUAAGUUAUGUCCCUUGUCCGCUGUAGCGCACCGUAUCAAGACCGAUUUGCUCGACCCAACCACUAGGAUGGACCCGCUUCCCCUAACAAUUCUUCUCGGUCCUGACAGAAUGCGCAAGACAUUCGCAUCGCCAUCGUCACUAUCGAUUGUAGAGUGGCCCCCUCUCCCCUCGGCCCAGUCGGCAUCGAUGCCAUCAUCAAAUACUGUUGCAUGGCCAAGUAGUGUUUCCACGGCGUCGUCGUCCCAAUCGGCGCCUGCCCCAUCUGCCAAGCCAACUUCUGAAUCGUCAGAUGUGCUCCGAACAUCAACAAUGUCUGCAAGCCCACCGGCACCAUCUCUACCUCAAACCACGCCCCCUCACGCAACCUUCCGUAUUGGAAAGAGACGACAGACUUACACGCUUAAGGACUCAAGAAAGCAUUUGACAUCGGAUGUGGUGAAAUCGUUUUACACCGGGGCAUGUAACGACCGCAUUCGCGACGACGUCAACGAGAAGGUUACAGGAAUGUGGUUGAAGAGGCGGGAGCAGGACACACCAAGUGAGGUGUUUACAGACGUAAAGAAGCGCAAGAUUAUGGAUGGAAUGCUGAAAGGAAGAGUGCCCGCGGGGUUGAAUGAUACAGCUGUAGAGAGAGUCAAGGCUGGCUUCAACGAUACGGCGACGUUCAAAAAGUGCAACCUUACUACUAUUGUCGACACAAAAUCCCGACAGAGCCUGUACAGCGAGUCGGUAAAAAGUGUGUUCGAAUCGUCUUGGGAUGCGGCCAUUCUCCAAUACCAGCCACAAGCCAACAUUGCCGAUGCUGUCAAUUACGGAGACCCCGCAAGCAGUACUGCGACUAUGGAUAAGGGACUGAUUGAGGAGGCAGAUGAUGGCAUGGGUGAGUUCCCGCAGAUGGACGAGGAGGAGCUCGGGCUUGUGAUUGAAGCGGACGCGAAGGCACGGGAACAGAGGAGGAUGAAGAGUGUUACAGUCAGACUUCAAGAUAUUGUGCGUGAAGAACUGUUGAAGGGCAAGAUCUAUUCAGAGCCCAUGGAUGAGUCAAGCAAGAACUUGGAGGAGGAGGAGCCAACGGACUACCAGAAGAUAGUCAGGAUAUUGAGCAGGACACAGGAAGUUCUAACGAACGCGGUGGAUGAACUUGCGUGUCUUGGUCGUAAGACCACUUUGUUGAUGGCCCAGAAUCGAUUCACUUUGCCAGGACAGAGGAACCACGAGCCUGAGCAGAAGGAGAGGGGGGAGGUACCCCACUUUGACCUCAGGGAUACUUUGGUGCCAUCGGCAUUCAUUCCACGCAACGACACAGCGCCGACAAUGCCAGUAGCGCCUAUACCGGAGUCCCUUGAAUGCUUUGUGAACUCCUCACCCACUGGUGACAACAAAAAAUGGAUGCAGGACGCCCAGAACCUAUUAUCCUACCACCAUCUAGGGUAUCUCUAUGCAAGAUUCAUGGGUCCAAAUGGCGUUCAAGCGUCCUCUAGCCAGGAGCACCCCCUAUGGGCCAUGCUUGCUGACGAGAUCGAUGACCCCCCAGGACCGCAGUGUCUAUCUGACGAUUGGAGUCCCGGUUGUCCCCACCCUUUGGACGGCCUAUCGACGCUGCUAUGCGACUAUCGAGUGGAGUUGGGAACCAAUUUCAAGAACCUCUGGGAAGGAAACCUUUACUUCAAGUGUCUCGAGUUUUAUUGCGAUUUUCGCUUCGGUUUCACCUUGCCCCAGACCGAGAGAUGCGGUAUUUACGAGCGGACGCGGGCGUUGGCGGAUAAAAAGAUUCGUGCCAAAAAAGAAGCAAGAGCCCAGUCGACACAUUCGCACAAGUCAUGGGUUGACCGAAUGGAACAGACCCAGAAUGAUCUGGGUACCCUCAUAGCAUUCGGAGGAUCUCAAGAUCGUAUCCGCGGAUUACUGGCGUCUCUCGCUAUGCAAGCUGAUCGUGAGCCUGUCGUCGUUGAACCACAUGGAUUGGGUGACCAGAUUCUGGCCGAAAACUCGACAAAUCCAGACCCUUCCACCAAAAAGCAGAAUAUGCUCGAAACCAUCACGCUCCUGGAAUGUACUGAGGAGGCGUUGGAUGAGCUUGACCUAGAAGCAGAGGAGGAAGAAGAGGCCAAGAGAUCUACUGAAGAAUCGCCCAAACUGGAGCAGGCCCCGGACAUUAAUUGGGUUCGAAAGUCAUGCAACAACCCAGACGACUUUUCAGAGCUUGAAUGCGCAGCAAUUGUCCGGAUAGUAGGAGCAUUGCGAGAUUACGUUCCCAAACGCCGCGAGAAGCACGAUGGAGGGACCUCUCCGCCUGAGCACAACGCGGCCACCAUGAUUCGGGUUGUUCUGCUGUCUAAUCACUUCCUGAGCUGUACUGGAUACGCCGAUUUCACUCGGCGGUUCUCCCCUACCCCCUCCUUAUCAGCCCUUCAUCCUAUUCCGUUGAGCGCCGCUGGAAUCUAUGAAGUCCUUUGCCCGAGCUCUGAUCAUCAUUUUGAUGCCAAGAUCGACGAGACUCACCCCAUUACAUCGGUGGAACACGCUAACAAGAACCAGCUGGCAGUCCUUGCGAACUUCUUUGACCUUAAGAAGAUCGAGAAGGUUUGCACCACAUAUGGCCUUGAAUUUGCCAAGCGUGACCUCGAGGAUGCCAAGAAGGACAAGAGCCAACGGAGGCUAGGACGAGACUGGAGUCUCGAAGGAGCACGUACUGGAAUCACUCAAGAGGAUGCCAAGCGACGGCUCAUUGAACUUGGAACGGAGCUAAAGGACCGCGGGAUAUCGCAGGAGGAGAAGAGGCAGCGCUGGCUAGGAGCAGACCAGGAAAGAUACGAGUUAUCAGUCCUCGAGCGGAAGAUGUCCAACACCGGCAACUCGCAUCUUCGUCACACAACGCCUCCAGUCACCGAAUCAAUUCGACACUAUACUGUGGCUACCAGCAACAGAUUCUCAUUGCUGUCAGCCGCACAACAGAGAGCAAGGGCCAAGGAAGCGGUCAUAGUCGAGAGCCACAUCAGAUCCAACGACAACGUCAGGGUCGAGGACGCCAACAAUGAUGAUAACACCACACAAUACCAGGAUGUUCAUGUCGUGGACAUACCAACAGGACACCAACAGGAUGCCGGCCAAGCUCUCCACGCGGACCCUCACCAUGCAGGACCAAUCUCCUCCAAACGGGACGUGGCCGUUGUUGUGCUCCACGGAGCGGCGGGCACACCCGUCGGAAGCAACAUGCCCCCGUCGCCCACACAAAUGAAAACAGAACCAGCCGCCUCUGCUCCUGUUGCUUUCACCCUAUCUUCUUCUCUCGUGGUCAGCGCAUCCGCGACGGAAAGACGACGACUGUCCGCCUCAACGGAGCAGUAG